AUGGAGACGAUAGUGGCGCGACAAACCCCAGAGCUCCGAGCCUCCCUAGCUGAAAUCCACGCCAGACUGGUGAAGGAGACCAACCAACCCGACAGGGAGCUGUUCUAUACCCCUAUUCACGUCUCAAGCGCCAAAAAUCCGUCCAUCACCCUCCGGCCUCUCUACAGAGGACCAAGAAAAGUUACAGCUCCAGAAAGGACUUGCGAGCUAGCGGACGGAAAAGUACUAAUUUCGAUCCUUAUUGGGGAGAAGACGGCGAUACCAGACGUUAACCCGAUUGCGAACAUCAAGGUAGAGGCUGUCUUCGAGUCAAACUCCAAUUCCAGCCUCUGCCGGGUGACUAUGCCUGUGGCGGUGUGGGACAUGCUGAAGCGGAGCGAGGCAUACAGUUUCGUCGCCUAUGCUGAGUCCCACAACCUCCUCCUAGACCAGCCAGGCCCCUCAAGUGUUCUGGAAAGUAGGGCGGGUAAUGUGCAGCUUCCUGCAAAGGAGAAGUGA